CGUGGGUCAAGGGAGGGGAGGGAGCAAGGCUGAGCUGAUCCCACGUGUGACGAUUGCAUUCCCGGCUCAGUAAUAUUCUCUUAGCGGGGCUUCGCCUAGCUUUUGCUGUGUCUGUGUGUGUUUGUUAGUUAUUCAGCUAUAGUUGGGUUAGCUAUGGAGGGAGACGGGAGCCAAGCCACAUCUGGAAGCCCAAAUGAUUCGCAACAUGACCCAGGUAAAAUGUUUAUCGGUGGCCUCAGCUGGCAAACCUCACCAGACAGCCUUAGAGAUUAUUUUAGUAAAUUCGGGGAAAUCAGAGAAUGUAUGGUGAUGAGAGAUCCAACCACAAAGCGCUCCAGGGGAUUUGGGUUCGUUACGUUUGCAGAUGCUGCCAGUGUAGAUAAAGUCUUAGCGCAACCACAUCACGAAUUAGACUCCAAGACGAUUGAUCCUAAAGUUGCCUUCCCCAGACGCGCUCAACCCAAGAUGGUCACAAGAACAAAGAAAAUAUUUGUAGGCGGAUUAUCAGCUAACACGGUAGUGGAAGAUGUGAAGCAGUAUUUUGAACAAUUUGGGAAGGUAGAAGACGCCAUGCUUAUGUUUGAUAAAACUACUAACAGGCAUAGAGGGUUCGGCUUUGUAACUUUUGAGAUCGAGGACGUCGUAGAGAAAGUCUGUGAAAUUCAUUUUCAUGAAAUCAAUAAUAAAAUGGUAGAAUGUAAGAAGGCCCAGCCGAAGGAGGUGAUGUUCCCGCCUGGGACGCGGGGGCGCGCCCGGGGACUCCCCUACACCAUGGACGCCUUCAUGCUGGGGAUGGGCAUGCUCAGUUACCCGAACAUCGUUGCGACGUACGGCCGUGGCUACACUGGAUUCGCCCCGAGCUACAGCUACCAGUUCCCCGGCUUCCCCGCGACGGCGUACGGUCCGGUGGCGGCGGCGGCGGUGGCGGCGGCGCGCGGCUCAGGUAGGGGGGCCCCCGGAGGAGCCGGUCACAUGGCAUACCCGCAGGCGGCAGGGGCAGGGUUCCCCGAUUACGGUUUCUAUUCCACGCCCAGUGACCACCGGGGGGCGCCCUGCUCCUUUGCGGACUAUGGCUCGCUGGGGCCCCAGGCCGCACAGAUGUUGCACGGUGAGCAUUCCACAUCCGCCUGCAACUCCCCCCUCCAGCACCUCCACAGCCCGGAUCAGUUUAAGAGCCCAGUCCUGAAUAGCUACACUGCUCAACCCAAUUUUGGGGCCCCUGCUUCCUCGGCAGGCCCCAACCCGCCCCGCCCCGGAGGCUUCCCGGGCGCCAACAGCCCCGGGCCGGUGGCGGACCUGUACGGACCGGGCAGUCAGGACUCCGCCGUGGGUAACUACAUAAGUGCUGCUAGCCCCCAGCCCGGGUCCGGCUUCGGGCACAGCAUCGCUGGUCCGUUGAUUGCGACAGCUUUUACAAACGGAUACCAUUGAAACCUAACAGGUGGUUGGUUGCCAUCUCAUUUGAGCAGAGUAUAUCUGGAGGUCCAGGGAAGACAGGCCGAAGUUUCUGAUUGGUUCUGUGUACAGGUGAUGUCAACAACUUCAAGCACUACAGCAUCACCCAGGGGAACUGGAGGUGGCACCACAUGAAGAACAAAAGAAAAAAAAAAAUGUCAAGAUCAUCUCAGAAAAGAAUCUGCUGUACUAUAAACUAAUCCUUCUGUAACAUGGUAACUUUGUUUAGGAUUUGAUGUUUUAUUUUUCAUUUACGUAGUUGUUAGUAUUUUCUUUCCUCACCUUUCCCCUUUCAAUUAUAGAGGGGAAUUUUAUUUCGGUUUUGAUGAUUUGUGUAUUUUGCUUUUCUCUUGGUAUAUUAGUGUAAACUAUUUUAUUUUAUUUUAUUGUCUUUUUUCCUUUGGGGAGGUGAAUAUGUUUGCAACAGUUGUGUUUGUUUUACCUUUGGUACCGAUCCUUAAUAUCGAUGAGGUCUUCAGGUGUCAUUUUUGCACACAAGAAAAAUAAGUACUGGCAAGUCUUUGAUAAAAAAGCAAAGGGUUUGCUUCAAGUGAGAAUCUAGAGGGUAUCUAAUAAAUCUUAGUAGCUGUUUUUAUUUCUUGUGAUGUCUCGUUAACCAUAAUUACCUGUUUUGGGCAAUAAGAAGAGGACUACAAUAUUUUCACGGUCCUUUUUUAUAAGUGUUGUUUUCGUUGUUUAGGAAAAAGAUAUAAAAGUUUUUUUUUCAUUUGAAUAAAUUGUGAAUUCAGAUUUAAAAAAAGAAAAAUGUAACUGUAAAUAUAAUUCCAGUCACUGCAUAUAACACGUUCAAAAAAAGCAAGAUACCAUAUUUUUGUGGUGGUUUGUCAAAAAAAGGCUGUACUGUGCUAAAGCAGAAAGAAAAGUAAAGGAACGGUUUCGAGCUCUAAACGGUAACUAAAAUCUAUUUGUGGCACAAAGGCCGUGACUGCCCCAUUGAUGUCUAGAACAUAUAGGAAACGCUGUUGGCUUGCUGUGUAAAUACUGAAGGCCAAAUAACUAUACUAGUGUCAUACCAGCAUAUUGACUAGAUAGUGAGUUCAUGUGUGCGCAGCUUCUGAAAAGAACAAAAAAAAACCUUUCAGUUAAUGUCUUUCACAGGAGAAUUAGUCAUUUUACAGUAGUGAGAACUGACACACACAGAUUCAACAAACAAAAAAAACAGUUAAAAAAUUGUUACAAAAGAAAAUCCAAAGCACACUAUUUUGUUUUGAAAUAUGAGACUGAAUCUUGUCCAGAUAUUUCAUAAAGCUAUCUGCCUACAAACGCUUUUUUACCACUGGUCAGAAAUAAAAUGUCUUUUUUUUUUCUUACUUUCCCCGUUUUUUCCUUACAGAUUUUGGGAAAGAAAUGUGAUACUUGGCUUCAGUGUGGCAGUGGCAAUAUUCAAGGCUGUUCUUUCCCCUCCGUCAGUUUCCACACUUCUCCUCUUGAGUGAAUUAGGAAGGCAAACGUUUUAUAUCAUACCUCAAUCCUGUGAGUUUUACCUUAGAAACAUUGACAGAUUAAUUUAUUUUAGGGGUAAACGGAUGAAAUGAAUAGAGAAUAAUAAGAUAAAUAAUUGCACUGUGACUAGUAGGAAAGAACUUACCGUUUCCAAUUUGCACAUGUUCAUGUUGGCUGUUUUAAGUGGUCUGCACCAAGGGGUAAAGUAUGAAGGAUUAUUUAGAAUAAUUGUUGCUGUUUUCAAUACAGUCAGACAUCUACAGAAGCAUAGAUGGGUAAACAUCUUCACUGAUAGUGACGAGAAUCAAUAUCCUGUGCUGAUGUCUUGGAAUUUCAUUAUAUGGGUAUAAGUAUGCCAACUUUUAAUAUUUCUAAAACGAUCUAAAAUAUUGCAGGUAUUUUAGAUACAGCUAAUAGAAGACACUGAAUACAAUGUUCAUAAUGUUAACAAUAGCUGCUGUGCUAAUUUCCUGUAUAUGUAGAGACUGGAUUAGCUCAAAUAGAGAGAUAUGGCAUUUAAUGAGACGAUUUAAACUGCAGAGAUUUUAAAGAAGAUAUUGGGUUGAUUGAUGUAUAUGCUGAUGUUCUUUGGUUUUUCCUGCUGCCAAUUUAUUUUGUAUUUUUAUUUUGUCAAAUUUUAUCCUUUUUAUUUUUAUUUUUUAAAGUUCAGAACAACCAGGUGAAGCAAAAUGCUGGAUGCUUUUUAAAUAAUAUGGAGACUUGAUCAAGUAAUAAUUUAAACAGAAAAAGAAAGCGAUUAUAAUGUUAUAAUCUGUUAAAAUUUAAAAGAAAAGAAAUACAAAAAAAUCUUUAAAAAAAUAAUAAAAAUAAAAAAAGAUGUUCCUUCACUGAUUUCAAUUUUGAAUCGGGGGAUUUUUAUUGAUAUUUUUGUGGUUGUUAAUAAUAUUAAUAAUUAUAACAAUAUAAUAAUGUACUGUACAUCCAUCAAUUUCUCUUUCCAUUCCCUGUCGCCUCAUACAAUCUUUUGUUGAUCUUCAUUGUAUUUUGGUAGUGUGUAAAAAAAAAAAAAAAAGGUAGAAAACAAAAAAAACAAAAAAACACAAAUUACCUUGUAAACAGAGUGCUGUCUUUGAUGCCAGUGUAGUGGUCUAUACUCUUCUUUGUCGUUCUCCUUUUCUCUACUGCUCUCUUUUUCUCUUUCUCUCUUUCUCUCUCUCUUUCUCUCUCCUCCUAGUAAUUAGUAGUAGAUGUUAUGUAAUUAAGAUUAAGAAAUAGAUGUAGUUAUUAGCAGAUUUAGGACCAGUAAGGAUAGGACUUUCUCUCAUUGUCAGAGUUUGAAAACAAUCGCAAACAAUUAUGUUACUAGUGAUUUUUUUUGUUCCAUAUUUCUUUUUCCUUUGUUUUUGCUGAUCUCACAUGGUUUCAACUAACCAAAGCUCUCACAGAAGAAAUAUAGAAAACAAAUUGCUGUAAGACAGAAUCUUAAACAAGGCAUUAAUUGGAUCCCCACCCUUGAAUGUUUUAAAAGGGGUGUGCCAUACUACCUUAAAUGCUAAUGCUAGAUAUGCAAAACUUUUAUUUUUAAUUAUUUUUUAAGAGGGACACAAGCUAUAAUUAUGAAAAAAUUUAUUACAUGAAAGAAAAAAAAAUCAUAUUUUUUUAGAAAGUUCUAAUAGAUGAAUGAUGAUAACAACAAUAAUAAUGAUAAUAGUAAUAAUUAUUAUUAUAAUAGUAAUAAAAUAAAACUGUAAUAUGUUUUGAUGUUUGUACACUUUAAAAAAUAUCCCAGUCGCCUGUGGCACUACUAUUUUUGGAUACUGCUAUGUUUUUUAAAUUUGUCUGCCUAGAUUACUGAGUACUUUUGUUUUCACUCAUCAAAAACAUCCUUUGAAGACUUUGUGAAUUAUUUUUAUACUCUUGAACCAGGUCACCAGCUCUUUAUUUUAAUCAUAUACAAAAAUUUGCAGAUCUUGUCCAGUAUGGCACAAGUUUUCAGUGGGAUGGAAACUGAAAUUGUUCGACAGUUUCUUCUCUAGAGUUGUUAGAACCCUGUAGCACAUCAGCUGAAUACAGUUUCAGUUGCACAGGAAACAUUUUUUUUUCCUGGUAACAUAUGAAAAUAGACGAGUCACGAUCGAUAGGGCCCUUUUAGGUCUGUGACACACAAUAUAUUGGAAGUGCGUCAAUAAGAACGAAAUAUUUAGGAGCAAUGUUGUUCAUGUUUAAUUAGUUUGGUCAGUUGUGUCCACAACUGUGGCAGCUGGCUGUACUGGUAAAAAAAAAAAAAAAAGAUUCAAAAAGCACUCAGAAUAUUUAUGUGCUUUUAGUAUUUUAUUUGAUGAAGUAGUUUUGUGCAGUUCUAGUUAAUCGCUACUAGAAAAAGGUGUUUGAAGGGGGUGCAGAAAUCAACAGAUGGCCGAAUGCCAGUGGACUCCCCUAUUUUUAUAUUAGAACAGCUAAUAUAAUAUUGAUAAAAAAAGCAGGCUGUGCUUUCUCUGUGAUGGAUUAUGUGUGAUGGAACUGUGAGUGUCUCGUUUGGGGAACCCUGUCUCCUGUACAGUCUGCACAAUCUGUACAGUCUUUUCUUUUAAAACGAGGCUAGCUUUUGAUUAAAAUGAAGGCCCGGUGAUCUUUUCAGAUAGUUUGUGCCAUUUUUUAUUUGUGUUUUAUUUAUUAGAUUUUUAAUUUGAUCCUGUAGCUUGGACUUUAAGGUAGCAUGGCUCUGUUGCUGUAAUUUUAUUUUUCAUUGUACAGCAGUUUACAGCUGAUGAAUGUUACACAUCUCGAUAGACUAGUCAAUUCAUUGGGUAAAUGUUGGUUUUAAAAAAUGAAAAAGAAAAAAAAAACGACCUGGAAGGUGUUGGCAUUGGGAGUAAACUACCAUUUCUAUUUAAACUUGAAUCUUGAAGGCAAGUGCUAGGCAAGGGCCAAAUGAUCACCCCAUCUGUCAUAAGUCACUCAGUACACUGCACAUUGUCACUCACACGUGUGUGUGUGUGUGUGUGUUUGUAUUUGUGUGUGUGUGUGCGCGUGUGUGUACUGUAUAUGUGCACACACUCGCAUGUGUAUAUAUAUAUAUGUGUGUGUGAGUGUGUGACUAUGCACACACCUACAUAUAUAUGGUGUGUAUACAGGUGUGUCUAUAUCCUUUAUGUGGAAACGUUUUACUAAUUUCUGUUUGAAAAUAAGUAAGAUUCUACUGUACAUUUUAGAGGAAACAAAAUCCCCCUCUUUGUUCUGAAAAGCUUUGUAGCCAACACUGUUUGUGUCAGUCGCUGUUAAAACAUUUGACAUUAGUAUGGUGAGUCCUUGUGCUAUUUUGGCAAAAAAAAAAAAUCGUGAUGUACGAAAUGUAAACCACAGCCCUGGUCUAAUGGUAUUGUAUACAUAAUACAUUACUGAUGACUGUUAAUCAUUAAGUGGGCCACCACUUGGUUUCAUAAUAUGGGUAGUCUUAAUGUAAAAGAGUGGGUGUACGUCUGUCAUUUAAUUCUUGCUAUAAAAAAAAAAAACAGGGCAGUCUUUUGUGACUGCAAUAUUACAAGGGUGGUUCUCCUCAACGUGUGACUCUCUUAACCCGGUUUGCCUGAGCAGAGGAGCAGCUCGGUGUUAAGGUUUGGUCAUUCGCGUGCUGUCCUGCACGUCUGUCUACUCCGAUUGCCUUGCCCAUUCCUAACACUUGCCCGUUUUUAACGUUAACAGACUUUUUACGGCGAGAAACUGACUGAACUGACUGACGUCUUGAAAGCAUCUUUCAGGUCUUCUUGUAUGGCUUGCUCAAGCCCUGUUGUAAAAUAAACAAAAGUGGAUGGGGGUCUCUCACAUCUCAGAUGUGGAAAGUAUAAUUUUAUAUUUGUAUUUUCAAAUAAUAAUAAUAAUAAAAAAUGUUUGUGAAAGGUUUCCAUCCUCUACUGUGGUCCAGAAAUCGAUGUGUCUGUCUGGAAAAAAAUAAAAUAAAAUAAACUGUUUUA